AUGAUUUCUCAGUUCUUCGUCCUUUCCCAAAGAGGCGACAACAUCGUCUUCCGCGACUAUCGUGGUGAAGUACAAAAGGGAAGCGCUGAAACGUUUUUCCGAAAAGUCAAGUUCUGGAAAGAGGACGCUGAUGGUGAUGCUCCACCUGUUUUUAAUGUAGAUGGUGUGAACUACUUCCAUGUCAAGGUUGCGGGGUUGUUGUUUGUUGCUACGACUAGAGUUAAUGUUUCUCCUUCUGUUGUUUUGGAGCUUUUGCAAAGAACUGCAAGGGUUAUUAAAGAUUACCUUGGUGUUCUUAAUGAGGAUUCUUUUAGGAAGAAUUUUGUGCUUGUCUAUGAACUGCUUGAUGAAAUGAUUGAUUUUGGUUAUGUGCAAACGACGUCUACGGAGGUUUUGAAGUCGUAUGUUUUCAAUGAGCCGAUUGUGAUUGAGACUGCACAGAUGCCACUUGGUCCCACUUCGAUUUUUAUGCACGGGAGCAAGCGAAUGCCGGGUACAGCUAUUACAAAAUCUGUUGUUGCUAAUGAACCUGGUGGGAGGAAGAGAGAUGAGAUCUUUGUUGAUGUAAUUGAGAAAAUAAGUGUCACAUUCAAUUCUAGUGGAUAUAUACUUACUAGUGAGAUUGAUGGCACCAUUCAAAUGAAGAGUUAUCUUACUGGUAACCCAGAGAUUCGACUUGCUCUCAAUGAGGACUUGAGUAUAGGAACAAGUGAUUAUAGAGGUUCUGGUGCUGUGAUUUUAGAUGAUUGCAACUUUCAUGAGUCUGUGCACCUUGAUAGCUUUGAUGUUGACCGAACUUUAUCUUUGGUACCACCAGAUGGUGAAUUUCCUGUCAUGAAUUAUCGUAUAACUCAAGCAUUUAAGCCACCUUUUCGUAUUAAUACAUUGAUUGAGGAAACAGGACCACUCAAGGCUGAAGUGACCAUUAAAGUGCGGGCUGAAUUCAACUCAAGCAUCAAUGCUAACACUGUUCUUGUACAAAUGCCACUUCCUACAUUUACAGCUCGUGUUAACUUCGAGUUAGAACCUGGAGCAGUUGGACACACAACUGAUUUCAAGGAAGCAAAUAAAAGACUGGAAUGGGGAAUAAAAAAGGUUGUUGGUGGAUCUGAACAUACUUUACGAGCAAAGCUGACGUUUUCGCAGGAAUUACAUGGAAAUAUCAUGAAAGAAGCCGGGCCUCUUAGCAUGACAUUCACUAUACCUAUGUACAACUCUUCAAGGCUUCAGGUGAAAUACUUGCAGAUAGCAAAGAAGUCGAAAAGUCAUAAUCCAUAUCGAUGGGUUAGAUAUGUAACCCAAGCAAACUCAUACGUUGCCCGGUUGUAA